CAAAGUCCAUAGUUAUUCAAAAAAUCUUCAAAGACAGAUAAACAUGUCGAAAUUGCAAUAAACACAUGUGAAAAAUGACGUAACGAAAAUUUACAGUAAACUUAUUGGAACGAUUAAUCGCAAAAAAAGGAACCGAUUAAGCGAGCGAAAAAAAGUAAUAAUAAUAAACGUCAAUUGUAGGUAUGUUCCGUAAGACGGAAGAUGUAAACAUUAACCUUUAAUUAAAAAACGAGUACUUUCUUCGUCCCUUCAAUACCCUUCGAUUCGUUGCGUUGGUCCCCCGUUUAAUUUUAUUAUGAUGUCGACGAUUGUUGAGUCCCCACCGCCACAAUUCAUCAAAAACAUAGAAUGGGAUAUGAUGGACAAAACCAAGUUCUUCCCAUUAUCUAUGUUGAGCUCAUUUUCGGUACGUUGCGCUUUGUAUCCUUUGAGUUUAAUCAAAACGCGACUUCAAAUACAGAAACAUAAUGUUGUUUAUUCCGGCAUGUUUGAUGCUUACGGUAAGAUUUUACGUUACGAGGGUUUUGCAGGAUUAUAUAGAGGAUUUUGGGUAUCAUCAGUACAAAUAGUUAGCGGUGUGUUUUAUAUUUCAACUUAUGAAGGAGUACGUCAUUUAUUGGCUCAAAAACAUGUUGAUUCACGAGUAAGAGCUCUUAUUGCUGGAGGUGUAGCUUCAAUGGUGGGUCAAACCAUUAUCGUACCUUUCGAUGUUUUAAGCCAACAUUUAAUGAUGAUGGGAAUUAGUAGUAAAGGUGACAAGAUGGCUUUAAACACGUUGGGUAUAAAAGACGUAGGUCAAGGUAAAUUUACAAUAACAAUCGAGUUGGUUAAACAAAUAUUUCGCGUGGAUGGAUUCAGCGGAUUUUAUCGAGGUUAUGUCGCCAGUUUAGCCGCUUACGUCCCAAAUUCAGCCCUUUGGUGGGGUUUUUAUCAUUUAUAUCAAGAUGAAUUAUAUGCAAUAUUACCCACAUGGGUGUCCCAUUUAUUAAUUCAAACGGUUGCUGGUACUUUGGGUGGUUUUACAACAACAAUAAUAACAAAUCCGUUAGAUGUGGUGCGUGCUCGUCUUCAAGUGCAACGUUUAGGUUCGAUGCGAAGUGCUUUGUCGGAUUUAUGGCACGAAGAGGGGUUCAGAAUGUUUUCGAAAGGUUUGAGUGCAAGACUCAUACAAUCAGCUACGUUUAGCUUUAGUAUAAUUCUUGGUUACGAAACGAUUAAACGUGUAUCUGUUAAUGAUGAAUAUAAAAAGUAUAUUAGAUGGUGAUAUCGAUCUCUGUGUGUGAAUGUGUAUUUUUGUGUUAAUUUGUUGGAAACAAAAAGAAAAUGUUUUAAGUGAUA